AUGUAUAACCCGUAUCAGCAACAACAAGGUAUGGGGUACAAUCCCCAACAACAGACUGGGUAUGGGUACAAUAAUUACCAGAUGCCUCAGCAACCCCAAUUCAACCAACAACCAAUGUAUCCUCAGGCAACUGGUUUUGUUCCUCAACAGCCUAACCUAUAUGGAUCGAAUUUCCAGGCCAGUGGUGCUGGUGGCAUGGCUUCACAACAGACUGGAUUCACACAACAGCAAACCAUUCAACCACAACAAACCGGAUACAUUCAAACACAGCCUACCGGAUUCGGUGGAGCUGCACCAAUUGUAACUGAAAAUAGCGAGUUGAAAAUUCCAAGUAUUAGAUUGUCGUUCAUUUCUGCGGAGGAUCAAAAGAAGUUUGAACAUUUGUUUCGAACUGCAGUUCCGAAGGGUGAGCAAUCCAUUAGUGGUGAUUCAGCCAGUGGCAUUUUAUUGAGAUCUGGGUUGUCUGCGGUGACAUUGGCGGAAAUUUGGAAUUUGUCUGAUCUUGAUAAAACUGGAUCCUUAUUGUUUCCAGAGUUUGCCUUGAGUUUGCAUUUAUGUAGCAUGGCGAAAAGAGGAGAAUCAUUACCAGGUGUACUUCCAGAAAAGUGGUUAAAUGAAGUGAGAAGUUUUGUUGAUCAGAUCAAUUUUACAGUUCCUGAUGAUCCGUCGAAAAUUUUAGCUAACACCCCGUUUGCAAAUUUUGCUCCUAAAAGGGAAUCGGAUUGGUUGGCCCCUCAAUCCACUGGAUAUUUACAGAAUCAAAUGGCUGCUCCACCAAUGACAUCUUUUCAGCCACAAGUCACUGGAUAUGGUGGACAGGGGUUGGUUUCGCAGACAACAGGAGGUGUACCAAUGCCAUCCACGACAUUUGGAAAUACUGCCCCCGGAUUGACAGCGCAAAGGACAGGUGGUGGCACGUUAAUUCCCUUACAACCCCAACAGACCGCUGGCUUGAUUCCAGCUCAAAAAACUGGACCUUUAAACCCUCAAUCCACUGGGUUUAAUCAACCAAUUUUACAACAACAAAGAACUGGUGGAUUACCUCAACAACUUACCGGCUAUCAGAGCCAGCAGUCACAGCAACAAAGAACUGGUGGUUUCCCACAAGUUCGAUCUCAACCGACUGGCAGCUUUGUACCACAAACUUCUUUCCAGCAACCUCAACUUGUUUCGCAGAGAACAGGCCCAUUACAGGGUCAACCUACUGGUCCAUUGCAAGCCCAACCUACUGGUAGACCAGGUGAAUGGGGUUUUGUUUCAAUGCCAACAGGCGGUAUUCCUGGUUUGAAUGCAAUGCAGCAACAUUUUUUGCCAAACACUCAAUUACCAACAUCCAAUUUACAUAGUGCUAUGGAUAAUAAAUUGAAAGAAAAUGUCACUUGGGCGAUCACUAAACAAGAGAAACAAAUUUACGAUGGUCUUUUCCAAGCAUGGGACAGCCAAAAGAAAGGAUAUGUUGAUUCAAAUGUUGCAUUAAAUGUUUUUACAAAAUCUGGUUUGAGUAGAUCUGACUUGGAAAGUAUUUGGACAUUGGUAGAUACAGAUGACACUGGAAAAUUGAAUAAAAAUCAAUUUGCCGUAGCAAUGCAUCUUAUUUAUCGGAGAUUGAAUGGUUAUGAUAUACCAUUGAGACUACCCCCUGAGUUAAUUCCUCCAGCUGACAGAACAUUGAAGGAUACUAUGGAUUCAUUAAAAAAUUCAUUGAAAGGUGGUGUCAACAAUAAGCCAACCAAGCCACCUAAACCACAAUCCAAACCAGACGGAACUAGGUUUAAAAAUGAUGAUAACAAUUUUGGGUAUGUUUCCAAUGCUCGUCACAGAAGGAAGAGUACAGCUGACGAAUCUCACAAAUCAAGUGUAAAAUCAUCAUCUGAUUAUGAUUUAUCUAUUGAAGAUAUGAAAAAGUUAAUUCAUGAGAAACGAAUUUUGUUAGAUGCUUUAGAUACCGAAGAUCAAGCCAAUAAUUAUUCAAGAUCAAGCUCCUCAGUACACGAAAGGCAAAUAAUUGAAAACUUGAAAAAAGAGAUUAUGGCUGUACAGACUAAGCUAGACGAAACAGGAAGUACUGGUCCUUCAACUGACGAACGUAACAAACUAUUGGCUACUUUGGACCACUUGACAAGAGAUAUAGUUCCUAAGCUAAUCUCGGAUAUACACAAAGUUAAUCAGGAAAUUUCCAGGAAGAAAACAGAAGUGUUCAAAUUAGAAUUAAUGAAGAAGAACCCAUCUUGGAAUCCAGAAGACAAUGAGCUGCAAAUCCAAGGAACUGGUCCUAAUGGCGAGGUAACAGAUUACGAUAGAAUCAAAUACCAGUCUCGUCAAAAAUUGAAGCAAAGAAUGGCUGCUUUGACCGGUAAAUCUACGGGAGGGAAUUCUGAUUUGGAUUUGGAAUUGAAGCAAGCUACAGAGAAAGCACAGAAUGAAGCAUCUCGUCAAUCAGAGAUGAUACAGGAUAUUGCCACGGGAAUCAAAACAAUGGAGGAUGAGUGUGCUGCCAAAUUAAGUUCCUCUGUGACUGCUGAUGUUGGACAUGAGAAAUGGGAACAAGGAAAGGGUAUUUCAGCUGAAGUAGCCAAAUUUGUGAGAGAAUUGGAGGCAUUUUCCAAAGAGCAAAGGCGUAACAUUACUCAAUCACAAAAUCAGCAACAAACACGAGAACCAUUGUCCAAACAAAAUACUGAUACAUCUUCUGUGUCUGAUACCAGUAAAGUAAAACCAGCUUAUACUACGCCAGAAGAAAGAGCAGCUUAUAUUAAACAACAGGCUGAGAAGAGAAUGAAUGAGCGGUUGGCCAAGCUUGGUAUUACCAGGAAGAAUAAGUCAGCUGAACUGAAACCAACUUCAGAGUCAGGAUAUGCUAGAGAUCAUUCUCCUGUCCCAAAAACUGAAUCCAAACCGGUUAUAAGAGACUCCAAUCCAAUUGAGGAGCAGAAACCAAAACUUGAUUCUGAACCAGUUGAUCAGCAAAGAUCAAAAUCUGAUACUAAUGAUGUUGUUCCUCAGAAGGUUCCCUCAAAUACAAACGACGAAACUUCUGGUGAUGAUGAUGACGAUGAAGAAUACCAAGCUAUUUUGAAACAGAAGCAAGAAAUGGAAGCGCGUGAAAGAGAACGAAAAUUGCGCAAACAAAAGGCAAAAGAGGAAAGAUUAGCAAAAAUUAAAAAGGAAAUGGAGGAAAUGAAAAAACGUGAAAUGGAAGAAAGUGAUGACGAUGAAGAAGAAAAAGAGGCUAACCAAGUAGCAGACGUCCGUGUUCUGAGAGCUCAAAGUAAUAACGAUAGUUCUAACUCAACUUCUCAGGUGGGAACUUCUACUCAAAGUGCAAAACAGGUAUCGGAAGCAACCUCAACUGGCGCAGCAAGGCACCCUUAUCAUCCUCAUGAAAGUAAUCCUUUCUCAAAAAUGAAUAACAAUGUUGCUCAACCCCAGACAGUAAACCAUACAGGUACCAACCCUUUCUUCAAAUCAACAAGCCAAGAACCCAAAAUUGAUCCGCAAAAAGCUGAAGCUCAAAGAGCUUCACAGCGUGGUGUUGCUAGUAGUGGUGGAUGGAGUGAUUCCGAAGAGGAAGAAUCAGAAGAAGAAUCACCAAACAGAGCUGGUGCAGCAAAAUUGGCUAGUUUGUUAUUUGGAGGUAUGCCUCAACCACCUACAAAGUCAAACUCAAGUUUGAAUAAUGAUGUUGAAAAGGUUUUGAAACUGGAACAUGAAAAUGCAAAAUCAAUGGCUCCUAUUUCAUCGUCAAAUAAUGAUAAUGGAAAAGUGGAUUCAAGUUCUUCAGAGGUUGUGGAAGAGAAUGGAUUGUCUUUGAACCAGGCCCCGCCAUUACCAACCGAAGCACCACCUCCUCCAAACUCUGUUCCACCUCCUCCUCCCCCUCCGCAAUUUUUGAAUGAAGCACCACCUGUACCGGAUUCUAUUCCUCCUCCGCCACCGCCUUCUGUCCCAAGUACCGCACCUGUAUUACCAGAUUCAAUGCCACCUCCACCACCUCCUCCCCCUCCCUCUUUUGCUACAGCCCCAGUACCUGAUUCAAACAGUACUUCAUCCUCCCAACAAGCUUCAGGAGCACCAAAUAUGGGCGCGUUGUUAGGUCAAAUCACUGGUGGUACUUCUUUGAGAAAAGUGGAAACAAAAGUUUCUUCUGGAGCUACAGUUGGCAGAGUAUUAUAA